UGCUGGGGCCAGGGCAGAGGCAGAGGCCAGAAGAAGGAGAAGAACCAUGCUCCUGGCCUGCCCACGCCUUUGGGUCCUGGUGGUCCUGGGCACCAGCUGGGCAGGAAACCAAAGGGCAGAAGCGCUGGUUAGGCAGUUUUAUGUGGCUGCUCAGGGCAUCACUUGGAGCUACCACCCUGAGCCCACAGAUCCAAGGUUGAAUUCUUCUACAACUUCCUUUAAUAAAAUUGUCUAUAGAGAAUAUGAAGCAUAUUUUAAGAAGGAAAAAACACAAUCAAGCAUUUCAGGACUUCUUGGGCCCACUUUAUAUGCCGAAGUUGGAGAUAUCUUGAAAGUUCACUUCAAAAACAAGGCUAACAAGCCCGUGAGCAUCCAUCCUCAAGGAAUUAGAUACAGUAAAUUCUCAGAAGGUGCUUCUUACCCUGACCAUACAUUUCCUAUGGAGAAGAUGGACAAUGCUGUAGCUCCAGGCCAUGAGUUUAUCUAUGAAUGGAUUAUCAGUGAGGACAGUGGACCCACAAAGGAUGACCCUCCAUGCCUUACACACAUCUACUACUCCUAUGAAAAUCUGACACAGGACUUCAACUCAGGGCUGAUUGGACCUCUUCUCAUAUGUAAGAAAGGUACUCUGACUGAGGAUGGGACUCAGAAGAUGUUUGACAAGCAGCAUGUGCUGCUAUUUGCUGUGUUUGAUGAAAGCAAGAGCUGGAGCCCGUCAUCAUCCCUAAUGUACACUGUGAAUGGCUAUGUUAACAGGACAAUGCCAGAUAUAAUGGUUUGUGCCCAUGACCACAUCAGCUGGCAUCUGAUUGGGAUGAGCUCAGGGCCAGAAUUGUUCUCUAUUCAUUUCAAUGGCCAGGUCCUGGAGCAGAACCAUCAUAAGGUCUCAGCCAUCACUCUGGUCAGUGCCACAUCCACGACUGCAAACAUGACUGUGAGCCCAGAGGGAAAGUGGAUCAUAUCUUCUCUCAUUCCAAAACAUUUUCAAGCUGGGAUGCAGGUUUAUGUUGAUAUUAAAGACUGCCUAAAGAAAACCAGGACUCCAAAGAAAUUAACACGAGACCAGAGGCGUCAUAUUAGGAGGUGGGACUACUUCAUUGCUGCCGAGGAAGUCAUCUGGAACUAUGCACCUGUCAUCCCAGCCAACAUGGACAAAAAAUAUAGGUCUCUACAUUUGGAUAAUUUCUCAAACCAAAUUGGAAAACAGUAUAAGAAGGUUGUUUACAAAGAAUAUCAAGAUGAGACUUUCACCAAACGCAUAGAGAAAAAUGAAGCUGGGAUUUUGGGCCCAAUUAUUAGAGCCCAGGUCAGAGACACACUCAAAAUCAUGUUUAAAAAUAUGGCCAGCAGAGCAUAUAGCAUUUAUCCUCAUGGAGUGACCUUUUCUCCUCAAGAUGAUGAAGCCAACUCUACCUCAGGCAAUCACAUGAUCAGAGCAGUUCAACCCGGAGAAACCUAUACUUACAAAUGGAAUAUCCUAGAGUCUGAUGAACCCACAGAAAAUGAUGCUCAGUGCUUAACAAGACCGUACUACAGUGACGUAGAUAUGACAAGGGACAUUGCCUCUGGGCUCAUAGGGCUUCUUCUAAUUUGUAAGAGCAGAUCCCUGGAUAUUCGGGGCAUACAGAGGGCAGCAGACAUCGAGCAGCUGGCUGUGUUUGCUGUGUUUGAUGAGAACAAGAGCUGGUAUAUUGAGGACAACAUCUACAAAUUUUGUGAAAACCCUGAUGAGGUGAAACGUGAUGAUCCCAAGUUUUACCAAUCAAACAUCAUGAGCACUAUCAAUGGCUAUGUACCUGAGAGCAUACCUACUUUGGGAUUCUGCUUUGAUGACACUGUCCAGUGGCACUUCUGCAGUGUGGGGACUCAGGAAGAUAUUUUGACCAUUCAUUUCACUGGACACUCAUUCAUCUAUGGAAAAAGGCAUGAAGAUACCUUGACCCUCUUCCCCAUGCGUGGAGAAUCUGUGACAGUCACAAUGGAUAACAUUGGAACCUGGAUGGUAACUACCAUGAAUUCUAGUCCAAGAAGCAAAAACCUAAAUCUGAGAUUCAGGGAUGUUAAAUGUAUCCGGAAUGAUGAUGAUGAUGAUGAUUCAUAUGAGAUUUACAAACCUGUAGAACCUACAGCCAUGGAGACUCGGAAAAUGCGCUACUCUGUAGAAAACGAACAGGAAGAGGAUAAUGAUGAUUAUGAUUACCAGAAUGAACUGGCUUCAUCAUUAGGAAUUAGGUCAUUCAGGAAUUUAUCACUGAAUGGGGAAGAAGAUGAAUUCAAUCUUACUGCUCUUGCCCUAGAAAACAGCUCUGAGUUUAUUCCUCCAAGUACAGAUACAGCUAUUGGCUCAAAUUCUUCUUCCCCAAGAAACAUUAGUAGGCUCACUGUUGAUAACCUCACAAAGCCUCAGAAAACCCUCCCACACCCAGAACCCACUCCAGCUGUCAACCCCCUGGGACAUCUCAUUGGCUUUGACAAGAACUCAGUUCUCAAGCCUUCUACAGAAGAGCAUUCCAGCCCAUAUUCUGAAGACCACAGGAAAGAUCCUCUGCAGCCAGAUGGCACAGGGAUACGCCUGCUUCCACUCAGUACAAAAGGAUUCAGAAGCCAAGAACAUGCUAAACAUAAAGUACUCAAGGCAGAAAGGCACCAAGUAGCAAAGCACAGGUUGUUCUGGACUGGGAGACAUUCAAAUCAAGAUAACACUUCUUCCAGAAUGAGCCGCUGGAAGGACAUCCCUAGUGAGAUAUUACUUCUAAAACAAACGAACCCAUCGAAAAUUAUGGGUGAGAAAUGGCAUCUGGCUUCUGAAAAAGGUAGCUAUGAAAUAAUCCAAGAUAUUGGUGAUGACAUGGCUAUUGAUACACUGAACAAUACCCAGAAUGUCUCAAGGACUUUGGAAGAAGGCAUCCCUCCUCCAGAGAAGCCAGGACAUCAGAGUAACCGCCCAAACUUCACUCCAGUUAGACGUAACUUGAGAAACAUUACUCAAGUCACACAGCAUGGAGGAAAUAGUGGCUUGAUGAAAAGACAAUUUUUAAUCAGAACACGGAAAAAGAAAAAGAAGCUUACACAUCAUGUUCCUCUCUCUCCCAGAGGUUUUCAUCCCAUAAAAGGAGAUGCCUAUACCACAUUCUCAGACAAGAGACACAACCACUCAGUAUUGUCUUUAUCUAAUGAAACAUCUCUUCCCACAGACUUCAAUCACACAUUCCCCUUCAGGAAUCAUAGCUCAAUAGCACUGGCUCCUAACCAUAAUCAGAAGCUCCCAAAUGACACCCAUCAGACAAGCUCCUCCCCUCCUGAUUUUGAUCAAAUAUUUCCUGUUCAAGACUCUGAUCAAACACAUUCUACUACAGAUCCCAAUCAUAGAUCCUCUCCUUCAGAAUCCAGUUGGAUGCUUGACUAUGACCUAAGCCAUGAGUUCUUCCUUGAAGACUUUAGUAAAAUCUCCCCUCCCUCAGAACAUGAAGUUGGGCAGAAUUUCCCUGCAGACCUUGAUCAGCCAUCCAUCCCUGAAGAACAGCAUCAGACCACCCCUGCCCCAGACCUCAGCCAGAUGACCUCCUCCCCACGCCUUGGCCAGACAUCCCUGUCCCCAGACCUUGGACAGAUGACUCUGUUCCCAGACUUUGGCCAGAUGGAUCUGUCCCCAGAUCUCAGCCAGAUGUCUCAAUCCCUCGACCUUGGCCAGAUAUCCCCAUCUCUAGACUUUGGCCAGGUAUCCCUGUCCCCAGAUCCAGGCCAAACAACCCUUUCCCCAGACCUCAGCCAGACAUCUCCAUCCUCAGACCUCAGGCAGAUGACCCUGUCCCCAGACCUUGGCCAGGUGACUGUCUCUCAAGACAUCAGUCAGACAACCCUUUCUCCUAAUAACAAUGAGAUACUUCCUCCAGACCAAAGCCAGACAUCCCAGUCUCCUAAAUCUAGUCAGCCUCCAUCUCAUCCAGAUUUUAAUCAAACAUUUCCCUAUCUAGACCUUAUUCAUAUGCCAUCUCCAACACUCAAUGACACUUUUAUGCCAAAGGAAUUUAACCCACUUGUUGUGGUGGGCUUCAGUGGAGAUGAUGGAGAUUACAUUGAGAUCAUUCCAAGGGAAGAUUACGGGAAGAGUGAAGAUGACUAUGCUGAGACGUAUUAUGUAGACUAUGACAAUCCCUACAAAACUGAUCUCAGGGCAGAUACUACAACCUUUAGGAAUCCUGACAGCAUUGCAGCAUGGUACCUCCGCAGCAAUUCUGGGAACAGAAAGUAUUAUUAUAUUGCAGCUGAGGAAAUAUCCUGGGAUUAUUCAAAAUUUGCAGAAAGAGAGGUGGACCCUGAUGACGACACUGAUGACACCCCAGAGGACACCACAUACAAGAAAGUUGUCUUCCGAAAGUACCUGGACAGCACAUUUACCAGACGGGAUCCCCGGGGAGAGUAUGAGGAGCACCUUGGGAUUCUUGGCCCUAUUAUUAGAGCCGAAGUGGAUGAUGUUAUCCAAGUUCGUUUUAAAAACUUGGCAUCCAGACCAUAUUCCCUUCAUACUCAUGGGCUUUCCUAUGAAAAGUCAUCAGAAGGAAAGACUUAUGAAGAUGACUCUCCAGAAUGGUUUCAGGAUGAUAAUGCUAUCCAGCCAAACAGUAGCUACACAUAUGUAUGGCAUGCCACUGAGAGAUCAGGGCCAGAGAACCCAGGCUCUGCCUGUCGAGUGUGGGCCUACUACUCAGCAGUGAACCCCGAGAAAGACAUCCACUCCGGCUUGAUAGGACCUCUUUUGGUCUGCCGAAAAGGAAUACUUCAUAAGAACAGCAACAUGGCCAUGGACAUGAGAGAAUUUGUUUUACUUUUUAUGGUCUUUGAUGAGAAGAAGAGCUGGUAUUAUGAAAAGUCCAAAAGGUCUUGGAAACUCGAAUCUUCAGAAGUAAAAAACUCCCAUGAGUUUUAUGCCAUUAAUGGGAGGAUCUUCAACUUGCCUGGCCUGAGAAUGUACGAGCAAGAGUGGGUGAGACUAUACUUGCUGAACAUGGGCGGCUCCCAAGACAUUCAUGUGGUUCACUUUCAUGGCCAAACCUUGCUGGAAAAUGGCACUCAACAGCAUCAGUUAGGGGUCUGGCCCCUUCUGCCUGGCUCCUUUAAAACUCUUGAAAUGAAGGCAUCAAAAGCUGGUUGGUGGCUUCUAGACACAGAGGUUGGAGAAAACCAGAGAGCAGGAAUGCAAACUCCAUUUCUCAUCAUAGACAAAGGAUGUAAAAUGCCACUGGGGCUAAGUACUGGUAUGAUAGCUGAUUCACAGAUCAAAGCUUCUGAGUAUCUGAGUUAUUGGGAGCCCAAAUUAGCAAGAUUAAACAAUGGUGGGUCAUAUAAUGCUUGGAGUAUAGAAAAAAUUCCAACAGGAAUUGCCUCUAAACCUUGGAUCCAGGUGGAUCUGCAGAAGGAAGUUGUAAUCACGGGGAUACAAACUCAAGGUGCUAAACACUACCUAAAGUCCUGCUAUACCACAGAGUUCUCUGUGGCUUAUAGUGCUGACCAAACCAACUGGCAGAUCUUCAAAGGGAACAGCACGAAGAAUGUGAUGUAUUUUGAUGGCAAUUCAGAUGCUUCUAUGAUAAAAGAGAAUCAAUUUGACCCACCUAUUGUGGCUAGAUACAUUAGGAUCUCGCCAACAAAGUCCUAUAACAGACCUGCCCUGCGAUUGGAGCUGCAAGGUUGUGAGGUUAAUGGCUGCUCCACACCACUGGGUAUGGAAAACGGACAAAUAGAAAACAAGCAAAUUACAGCUUCUUCAUUUAAGAAACCUUGGUGGGGAGAUUACUGGCAACCAUCUCGUGCUCGACUUAAUGCCCAGGGCCGUGUAAAUGCCUGGCAAGCUAAGGCAAACAACAACAAACAAUGGUUACAAAUUGAUCUACUGAAAAUCAAGAAGAUAACUGCCAUUGUAACACAGGGCUGCAAGUCUCUGUCCUCUGAAAUGUAUGUGAAGAGCUACAGCAUUCACUACAGUGACCAGGGUGUGGAAUGGAAACCUUACAGGCAAAAAUCCUCCAUGGUGGACAAGAUUUUUGAAGGUAAUAGCAAUAGCAAGGGACAUGUGAAGAACUUUUUCAAGCCACCGAUUAUCUCCAGGUUUAUCCGCAUCAUUCCUAAAACAUGGAACCAAAGUAUUGCACUUCGUAUGGAACUCUUUGGCUGUGAUAUCUACUAGAACUGAGGAUUAAAGCAACAUAGAAGAGACUCUUUCAGACCUCAAACAUUAGAGUAGGCAAUGUAUUCUGUAGCUAUUUUAAAUAUUAACAAUUUCCCACUGUUCCUCUUUUUUCUACUAGAGAAUAAAAUUGUGCACAAGAAACUUUUUCAAUGGAACUCAUUGCUGCCAUUAAGUGAGAUGGGAGCUAUUAUUGCUGCAUUAAUUUGCAUAUAUAUAGUAUGAUAUUAAGUCCCAACAAGAGAAGGGUUUAUCUUUCACAAUGAUAAA